AGGGUCUCCCAUGGGAUUGCUGGGACCUUGCUGGGUGAGAUGGCACUGUGUGCAAAAAAGCGCCCCCCAGCUCCGGUGCCUCCCCGGGGGGCCGCCCCAUCGGAGCCGCUGAGGCCGAGGACAGACCGACAGACAGCCCGCCCUUCCCCCGCUCAAACUGGGAUCAUGACGGUCCCCAAGGAGAUGCCCGAGAAGUGGGCCCGGGCCGGGGCUCCCCCCUCCUGGAGCCGAAAGAAGCCCUCUUGGGGGACAGAAGAAGAAAGGAGGGCACGGGCCAAUGACCGAGAAUACAAUGAGAGAUUCCAGUAUGCGAGUAACUGCAUCAAGACCUCCAAGUACAAUAUUCUCACCUUCCUGCCUGUCAACCUCUUUGAGCAGUUCCAGGAAGUUGCCAAUACCUACUUCCUGUUCCUUCUCAUUCUGCAGUUGAUCCCACAGAUCUCCUCCCUGUCCUGGUUCACCACCAUUGUGCCUUUGGUUCUUGUCCUCACAAUCACAGCUGUUAAAGACGCCACUGAUGACUAUUUCCGCCACAAGAGUGAUAACCAGGUGAAUAACCGUCAGUCUCAGGUGCUGAUCAAUGGAAUCCUCCAGCAAGAGCAGUGGAUGAACGUCUGUGUUGGUGAUAUUAUCAAGCUAGAAAAUAACCAGUUUGUGGCGGCGGAUCUCCUCCUCCUUUCCAGCAGUGAGCCCCAUGGGCUGUGUUACAUAGAGACAGCAGAACUCGAUGGAGAGACCAACAUGAAAGUACGGCAGGCAAUUCCAGUCACCUCAGAAUUGGGAGACAUCAGUAAGCUUGCCAAGUUUGAUGGUGAAGUGAUCUGCGAACCUCCCAACAAUAAGCUGGACAAAUUCAGCGGAACCCUGUAUUGGAAGGAGAACAAGUUCCCCCUGAGCAACCAGAACAUGCUGCUGCGGGGCUGCGUGCUGCGAAACACCGAGUGGUGCUUCGGGCUGGUUAUCUUUGCAGGUCCUGACACUAAGCUGAUGCAGAACAGCGGCAGGACAAAAUUCAAGAGAACAAGUAUUGAUCGCCUAAUGAAUACACUGGUGCUCUGGAUUUUUGGAUUUCUGGUCUGCAUGGGGGUGAUCCUAGCCAUUGGCAAUGCCAUCUGGGAGCACGAGGUCGGGACACGAUUCCAGGUCUACCUGCCCUGGGAUGAGGCGGUGGACAGUGCCUUCUUCUCUGGCUUCCUCUCCUUCUGGUCCUACAUCAUCAUCCUCAACACCGUCGUGCCCAUAUCGCUCUAUGUCAGCGUGGAGGUCAUCCGCCUGGGCCACAGCUACUUCAUCAACUGGGACAAGAAGAUGUUCUGCAUGAAAAAGCGGACGCCCGCGGAGGCCCGCACCACCACCCUGAAUGAGGAGCUGGGCCAGGUGGAGUACAUCUUCUCCGACAAGACAGGCACCCUCACCCAGAACAUCAUGGUCUUCAACAAGUGCUCCAUCAACGGCCGCAGCUACGGUGACGUGUUCGAUGUCCUGGGCCACAAAGCUGAAUUGGGAGAGAGGCCUGAACCUGUCAACUUCUCCUUCAAUCCUCUGGCUGACAAGAAGUUCUUAUUUUGGGACCCUACCCUCUUGGAGGCUGUCAAGAUGGGGGACCCACACACGCAUGAGUUCUUCCGCCUCCUUUCCCUGUGUCACACCGUCAUGUCAGAAGAAAAGAACGAAGGGGAGCUGUACUACAAAGCCCAGUCGCCAGACGAGGGGGCUCUGGUCACCGCAGCCAGGAACUUUGGUUUCGUAUUCCGCUCUCGUACACCCAAGACCAUCACUGUCCACGAGAUGGGCACAGCCAUCACCUACCAGCUGCUGGCCAUCCUGGACUUCAACAACAUCCGCAAACGGAUGUCAGUCAUAGUGCGGAAUCCAGAGGGGAAGAUCCGACUGUACUGCAAAGGGGCUGACACCAUCUUGCUGGACAGACUCCACCACUCCACCCAAGAGCUCCUCAACACCACCACUGACCACCUGAAUGAGUACGCGGGCGAAGGGCUGAGGACCCUGGUCCUGGCCUACAAGGAUCUGGAUGAAGAGUACUACGAGGAGUGGGCCGAGAGACGGCUCCAGGCCAGCCUGGCCCAGGACAGCCGGGAGGACCGGCUGGCCAGCGUCUACGAGGAGGUUGAGAGCGACAUGAUGCUGCUGGGCGCCACGGCCAUUGAGGAUAAGCUUCAGCAAGGGGUUCCAGAGACCAUCGCCCUCCUGACGCUGGCCAACAUCAAGAUCUGGGUGCUGACAGGAGACAAGCAAGAGACGGCCGUGAACAUUGGCUAUUCCUGCAAGAUGCUGACGGACGACAUGACGGAGGUGUUCAUCGUCACUGGCCACACGGUCCUGGAAGUGCGGGAGGAGCUCAGGAAAGCCCGGGAGAAGAUGAUGGACUCGUCCCGCACUGUAGGCAACGGCUUCACCUACCAGGAGAAGCUUUCUUCUUCCAAGCUCACUUCUGUCCUGGAAGCCGUGGCUGGGGAGUACGCCCUGGUCAUCAACGGGCACAGCCUGGCCCAUGCGUUAGAGGCAGACAUGGAGCUGGAGUUUCUGGAGACAGCCUGUGCCUGCAAAGCUGUCAUCUGCUGCCGGGUGACCCCCUUGCAGAAGGCACAAGUGGUGGAACUGGUUAAGAAGUACAAAAAGGCUGUGACCCUUGCCAUCGGGGAUGGAGCCAACGACGUCAGCAUGAUCAAAACGGCUCACAUUGGUGUGGGCAUCAGUGGGCAGGAAGGGAUCCAGGCUGUCCUGGCCUCCGAUUACUCCUUCUCCCAGUUCAAGUUCCUGCAACGCCUCCUGCUGGUGCAUGGGCGCUGGUCCUACCUGCGCAUGUGCAAGUUCCUCUGCUAUUUCUUUUACAAGAACUUCGCUUUCACCAUGGUCCACUUCUGGUUUGGCUUCUUCUGCGGCUUCUCGGCCCAGACCGUCUAUGACCAGUAUUUCAUCACCCUUUAUAACAUCGUGUACACCUCCCUCCCAGUCCUGGCUAUGGGUGUCUUUGAUCAGGAUGUCCCGGAGCAGCGGAGCAUGGAGUACCCUAAGCUGUACGAGCCAGGCCAGCUGAACCUCCUCUUCAACAAGCGGGAAUUUUUCAUCUGCAUCGCCCAGGGCAUCUACACAUCUGUGCUCAUGUUCUUCAUCCCCUAUGGGGUGUUUGCUGAGGCCACCCGCGAUGAUGGCACCCAGCUGGCCGACUACCAGUCCUUUGCGGUCACCGUGGCCACUUCACUGGUCAUCGUGGUCAGUGUGCAGAUUGGGCUGGAUACCGGCUACUGGACAGCCAUCAACCACUUCUUCAUCUGGGGCAGCCUGGCAGUUUACUUUGCUAUCCUCUUUGCCAUGCACAGCAAUGGGCUCUUCGACAUGUUUCCAAACCAGUUCCGGUUUGUGGGUGAGUGCCUGUGGCUUCCUCUUGAAUCAGUGAGGAAUCACAGUUGUUCUGGGACUAACGGGGUAGGUAGGCAUUUAUUCAACACUCUUUAUGUGCCAGGUAUUCUGCAAGGUGCUGUCGGGAUCUAGUUGUAUCCGACCCAGGCCGUGCCCUCAGAGGGUCUCCAUAUCCAUGAAAAUGAAGAACAGCCCUGCCAGGCUACAAGGGAGGUGAAGGGGUGGCAGGCUUCAUGGUCAGCAGAAUGACUGUUUGUCGGGUGGUCAGGGAUAGUCCCCCAGAAGAGGCUGCUGAGGGUGUAGCCAGGACUGGGGAGCCAGAUUCCAAGCCAGAGAGCUGGAAGUGUGAAAGGGCUGUUUAUUUCCAGGAAAUAGAGAGUGCUCCAGCUAGGGUGGGACAAGAAUACCCUUUGAGAAGCAGUGGAAGAGAGGCUAGAAAGGCAGGCCAUUUGAGGAAUCAGAAUGCCAGGCUGUCAGGUGUGCAUUUGACU